AUGGAGCGGAUAGUUUCGCCCACAGGUCGGGUUAGAAAAUCUCCGAAACGCGACCCUGGAUCUCCUCGUUCUGCCGUUCGAGCCGUUCAGCAUAUGACGGCGGUAGUUUCUGGAAUAAGGGCUGAGUCUCAAGGGGCGACCCUUACUAGGGGCAGGCUGGAGAACGUUCUUCUAGGACGCACGGCAUCGGCACUUUCGCAAAGUAUUUCUUCGCGUGCCGUGUCUCCACUCAAGAAACCACCUGGUUCUAGUCUGAUGAGUCUUAUCGAUGCUAACCAGCCAAGGCCAGUGAUGAGCAAUAGACGGUCCCCACGGCCAACGCGGUCCGCACGCAGUAGAGAACUUGGCAAAUGCUUUGCAAACGUGACAUUUAUCAAGACCCGUGCAGAAGGAUCUAAUUCAAUGUAUUAUUCGACACAGUCUACGUUAGAUGAAAGCGGAGAGCUUCGAUCUCGCCCUGUACCUGACUUGGUAGAGGAGAUCAAUGCAGUACAGCUGAGAAGUAUGCAUGGCGAGAUCCAAUCUCCGUCCGAGUCUAUUUCUGAGACAACUAAUAUUCAACGAACAUCAUUGCAGAAUAUGUCAACUAAGGCUGAAUGUAGUUUUCCCGCUGAUGUCCAAUCCAAAGACAGCGACCGGCUGUCAGAGACCGAUCUGGUAUUCAUCGACCCAAAGAAGUCAUUUAUGCAAGCCCAGGCACGCCGGUUUAUAGCAUCUGAAGCAUCUCCUGAUAGGGGUCUGCUUUAUUGCUCAAAGGCAGCUCGGGCUCUUAGCGUGCGAGGAAAUAUUGUACCUCAGAUACCCUUUAGCAAGAGCUCUGGUACACCAGGUGUUUCUGCAUCAGCAAUUAGAAAGCAGCCGCCAGAAUUAUUUCGGCCAUUGAGUUCUAGUGGACGUGAUUCUUCCUUUAGCAGACCACGUAGUACAUCUACCAAAAUACAGCCACCCCGAAUUAGCAGCCAACCACACAUUAGGUCCGUCAGUAGUGAUGCUCGAACAUCAAUCAAGCCAGCUGCGCGUCUCGUCUUUCCAGUCCCACCAAAGCGCCAUCAACUUACUCCACGUGAGCGCCAGGCACUUGCACACAAGAGAAUGCGUCGAGAAACCACAUGGAUUAGUGACCAGUUAAAUGGGAGAGCUCUGAGUUUUGCAACACUUCACCGGAAUGCCUCAGCUUCCAGAGAUGCCAGCGCUCGACGAUCGUUGUCUGCCCAGAAGACCUCUUUUUGUAUAUUUACUGGACCACAACGGAUAGCCUCACCUAGAGUCAAGCCAAAGCAGCAGUGGAUACCAGCGCAGGAGGCAUGCUAUACAGAUGAUCAGGACCACACACCCAAAGGACGGAGUGGUGAACUUCGUUGCUCCCCGCAUUAUGUUGCUUUAUCGCCAACAUAUGCACAGCCCAUUGCGCCCUCUCCCAUUAGAAACAUGGACAUGACCGACGUUACAUUGUAUAGCCCUAAUCCCUCCCUAGUGUACCCACAGAGGACCGGAAGCAUAGAUGAAGAUUUAGUGAAUGCAGCAUCAGCCAAACGAACCAUGGUUAUUGAGCCCAGACGCGCCACCACAGCCACAAUGGAGCCGAAUGCCAUGACCUUAGAUAGAUCUCUAGACAUAAAACUGCAGGGAGAACGGCCCAGUAAGCCGAUGUAUACUAAAGCAGGGCAAAGAAUUGUCCCUCCACAAACCAUUAAGCCUCCAGCGCGACCUGCUCGACCUAUUCCUCCGCCAAAUCACAACCUGCAAAUAUAUAAAAGGUCCCCAUCGAACUCUAGCACCACUGCAAAUCAACCACUGUUGCGACAUGUUAGUAAAGAGGUAGAGCAAGAGGCAAAACACGUGGUAUUAGAAGAUUUGGAGGACAGGCAUAAUUCCUCCACACCUCAAUAUGUAGCCCCUGGUUCUUCCAACAUCAUCUCUGGAGUCUUUGAUUUAAGAGAGUCAGCGCUAAAUCGUUCUUCUACCAAGCUAGAUGUUGUCAAUCUGUUACCGUACUUUUACUAUAAACAAGGAGAGACUAUAACACUGGCCCAGCUUCCUGAGAUAAUGAAGGAAUUAAACUAUAACAUAGAUGCUCUGAAGAUAUCGGCUAUUAAGCCGCAGCCUCACGACCAAUCUUCAAUCUUUUUCCAGGCGCGUGUGCAAACCCCGCAAAGGCGUGCAACCAGCAGUGGCACGACGUAUGAGAGGCGCAGAAAGAGGCCAAAAUCUGCAUCAUCUCCUCGAAUGCGUAUAUGA